ACACGGAAAUCUCAUUGCUGUGCUUCAUUCCCAGCCACAGACUCCGUGCCCAGCUGCUGCUGUGUUGUUUGGAUGAGUGCUGAGUGGGAGCUGGCGGUGGGAGUGACGAAACUGCGGAAGCGCAGAUAAAGCCGGGUUCCUCGGAACUACACAAACUCUCGCCGUCUCGUUGCUUCCCGUGACUGACAAAUGGCGUUCCUCCGUAGCCACCUGGCGCCUGUGGUGUUCUGCGCGCAGGUCGCCAGCUCGUUCUUCGACACCGGUCUCCAGAUGGUUGUAAAGCAGCGUUAUGAGAAUACCACACGCCCCGGAGUCGGAGGAAAGCACGAGCAGAAGUCCAUCGCAGACUUUUACAUGAUCUUUAACAUCUUAACCAAGGUGGUGCCCAUCAUCCCAGCGUUCGUGCUGGCGCGAAUCGGAGACAAGGGCCACCGGAAGGUGCCUGUAGUAGUCCCUCUGAUCGGUUACUUCGUUUCACGCGCGCUGCUCUUGUUUGUCAUAGCGUUUGAGUGGAGAGUAGAAGUGAUGUACGCGGCCCCUGUGGUGAACGGUCUCUGCGGCGGCUUCUCGUCCUACUGGCCAGGCGUGAUAGCGCUGGUGUCGCUGAGCGCGAGCGAGGAGGUCAGGUCUCUGCGCAUCAUGCGCACGGAGCUCACCUACGGUCUAGCAGGCUUCCUGGGGAGUCUGGCAUCAGGUCACCUGUUCCAGCUUUACGCGCUCGGACACAGACAAGGAGUUGUGCUUGCGUGCGCGAGCGUGGUGCUGUACUUCCUGUGCCUCGUGUACGCGGCGUGUAUCUUACAAGUCGGCACGCGCACGGCGUCCCCGGACGCGGAUGAGAGGCGUGAUGGUGAGAGUGCCGGCAUCCUGAACUCCGACAAGGCCAACAUCGCGCUCCUGUUCGCAGCAGGGAUCCUGUACGACGUGGCGGUGGCGGGUGGAGUGGAGAUCCUCUGCGUGUACGUGCUGGAGGCGCCGCUCAACUGGACUGCCACGCAAGUGGGCUACGGCAACGCCGCCGGCUCGGUCAUCUUCAUCACCAGUUUCCUCGGCGUGAAGCUGUUCACACGCUGCUCUCUGAGCGACACGAGCAUGAUCAUGAUAGGCAUGCUCUCCUUCCUCACAGGGAUCUACUUCAUGUCGUUCGUUACAACCACCACCACGUAUUACUUAGCUCGUACACUCACUUUGUUUGCACUCAUCCCUAUGCCUACCAUUCGCUCGCUACUGUCCAAGCAGGUCCGAGGAUCAUCAUAUGGAAAGACUUUCACAGGGCUCCAACUGUCCUUCCAAUUGGUUGGUUUAGCUACAACACCUAUCUUCACCAAGGUCUACCAGUCCACACGGCCCAUCCUUCCAGGGUUUGUCUUCACCUUAUCCAGCAUCAUAACAUUCCUCGCCAUGAUUCCCAUCAGCAUUGUUGGGUGUCGUACUGCAAGGCAGGAACGCUACGAGAGAUUUUAAGGGAAUUGAAACCUCAUGCAGGGCAGCUGCAGGGUUCCCAGUUCGAACCUGAGUUCGACUUUCUGUCUGUGCAGAGUUUCACAGGUUCUCUUUAUAUUCCUCUGAGUUCUCCAGUUUUCUCCAACCUCCCAAAAACCUACUAGUUGGUGUAAUCACUGUGAUAAAUUGCCUCUUGGCGUGAGUGUGUACUUAUAUGAUGCCCUGUGCUGGACUGGUGUCACAUCCAGGGUCAAUUCCUUUUUCUGGAUCCGCCACAAGCCUGACCAGGACGAAGCAGUUAUGAAGAUAAAUAAAUGAUGAAUGAAUGAAACCCCAUGCAUGAUGCAUUUCCAAAUAGCAAGGUUUUUUUUAAUUAACAAAAAAAAUUAAUAUGUUUACUGGUAAUUUUGUUGUUAAUAUUUCACUUCACUGGUACUUUGUGGUGUAUAAAUGUUUCUUGUAUAUGUUUUGGGCUUUCGUAGUUGUGUUACAGACAGUAUUAUGUUAUUUUAUUUGUGACCACUUUGUAUGAAAAUGUACAAAAAGGCAUAAUGAUCAUGCCUUUGAGUACUGUGGGGUACGUUUUUUAUUUUAUUGGCCACACACUCACCAUCUAGUCACUAUUUUUUGUAUUUUUGAUAAAAGAUUAAUAUCUGUUCAUAUCUGUAUUCAAAAAGGAGUUUGGUGAUUGUUUUGUUCAUUGAUAAAGUGCCUUCACUUUUUAA